GUCGGCGGUAGCGAGUGGUUGUGCCUUUAAUCUGCUAAAUAAAAACAAAUAAAUGUCGUUGUCGUGCUGUUAAGUGUGUUGUUACAAAGCGUGUCGUGUAAAGUGUUGUUGUUUUGCAGUUUAAAAAACAAACAAAAAAAAUAACAGAAUUAUAAAAUAUAUAAUUAAUAAUUAUUUCAACAGAAAAAGCAAAUUUACAUUGCUGUUUAAUUUCAGUUAUUAAAAAAAAGUUUAAAAGAAAGUCCGUCACUUUUAUAAAUUUAGAAUUAAAUAAAUAAAAUUGUAAUUUUCAAUUUGUCUUGAUUCAAAUCUCAACAGUAAGAAGAGGAUGAAAAAAUGUCUCUUUAAGUUACUAAUGUAACGAUGACGACGACCACAGUGCCAGAUCAAAGAUAUUUUUGUACAAAUACAAAUACAAAUUCGAUUUCAAAUUCAAACAGACUUUAACAAUUAGUACUAGAGAAUAGAUAUUUGUACUUAUUGUCUAAACAUCAUUUGUGAUAAAUUAAAAGUGUUAUAUACAUAUAAGUAAAUAAAUUUAUAUACGUAGUUAUAUAUAGUAUAUUUAAAUAAUAAUAUUAUUAUUUAUAAAGAACAAAAGUGUCAGUAUUUUUUUAAAACAACAAAAUGACAGUUACAUAUACAGGAGAAGUAGCGACGUGUCGUGGCUUUGGCUGUUUUUUAAAAUUAUUACUCAGAUGGCGCGGUAGUAUUUAUAAGCUGGUAUGGCUGGACUUAUUAGCUUUUCUACUCCUUUACUAUUUUCUUAAUAUUAUGUAUCGGUUUGUACUCAACGAGGAUCAAAAAGUGCAAUUUGAGGCUGUGGUACAAUACUGCUAUAAUUAUAGUGAUCUCAUACCUCUAUCCUUUGUUUUGGGUUUCUAUGUAUCCAUUGUGAUGACCAGAUGGUGGGGUCAAUACACCAGUAUACCUUGGCCCGAUCCCAUAGCAGUGUUUGUCAGUGCAAAUGUACAUGGUCAAGACGAAAGAGGUCGUGUAAUGCGACGUACGAUAAUGCGUUAUGUUUGCCUUUGCCUGACCAUGGUAAUGACCAACAUAUCACCGCGUGUUAAGAAAAGGUUUCCCAAUCUUAGUAACUUUGUAGAGGCCGGUUUGUUAAAUGAAAAUGAAAAAGAAAUUAUAGAAAGUAUGAAUAAAGGAUUUCCACGUCAUUCAAAGCAUUGGCUGCCAAUAGUAUGGGCCACUAGUAUUAUAACUAGAGCACGUAAAGAGGGUCGCAUACGUGAUGAUUUUGCUGUCAAGACUAUAAUUGAUGAAUUAAAUAAGUUUAGAGGACAAUGUGGUCUUUUAAUAUCGUACGAUACCAUCAGUGUGCCUUUAGUAUACACUCAGGUGGUAACUUUAGCUGUGUAUUCAUUUUUCUUGUGUUCUGUUAUGGGCCAACAAUGGACCAUGGGCAAAACUGUGGCCAAUAGUAGUCAUGAAAAUAAAAUUGAUUUAUAUUUUCCAGUCUUUACAACGUUACAAUUUUUCUUUUACAUGGGAUGGCUUAAAGUGGCUGAAUCUUUAAUAAAUCCCUUUGGAGAAGAUGAUGAUGAUUUUGAGGUCAAUUGGAUGGUGGAUCGUAACUUACAAGUCUCUUACUUGAUUGUGGACGAAAUGCAUCAUGAACAUCCGGAACUUAUCAAAGAUCAAUAUUGGGAUGAAGUAUUCCCCAAUGAACUACCCUAUACCAUAGCCUCGGAACGUUUCCGCGAAGAACAUCCCGAACCCUCAACAGCUAAAAUUGAAGUGUCCAAGAAUGCUGCAAUGCCAACCGUUAUGUCUAGUGUUCGCAUUGAUGAUAUGGUUGGUACUAUUCCCGAAUCUAAACCAAACACUCCAAAUGUGCAGGCAGUUAGCUAUAAAUUCCCCGAUAACAUAGAAGAGGAGGCUGAUGAUGCCAGUGGCAUACAUUUUACAGCCGGUAAUGGCAAAACGAGACAAGGCUCAUCACCAAGUUUAGUGAGUCUUAGUGGUACUUUGUCUCGUGUCAAUACCGUAGCCUCAGCGCUUAAACGUUUCCUCAAUCGAGAGGAUAGUCGCCCCGGAUCCUUAACACCCAAUGAUGAAAAUCCCAAAUAUCGUUUUCCCGGCAGUGCUAGCUCUAAUAGUUUAGCUCCACCUGCCGGCUCAAAACCAGUUGGCAGCAUGCGCAUCACCGAUCAAGUCAUCGAAGAAGUUGAUGAACAAACUACCAUCACUUCACAGCGUGCUAACGAUAAUCGCCCCAAUGUUCGAGAUAUUUUUGCACAAAACUCUGGUUCAUCGGCGAGCUUAAAUAAACACCAGCAACAAUAUCCUACAGAUCCCAUGGAUAUACCUAUGAAAAAUAAUAAACUAUAUAUGCGUACACAGUCAACUGUUGAGCCUAGUCUGUUUCCUGCCGGCGGGGUAGAAGCACUACUGAGUACAUCUGCCCCAUCGAACGGAAGUCCGACCAUGGCCCGCACUGUACCUAGUUCACCUACCAGGGAAAGCACAAAAUCUCUAUACGAUCGGGACAAUAAAGAACGUGGCAGCCGUGAAACAGAACGUACAGAUGCUCCGCCCCAAUUCAGGUGGUUCUUAUCAACUGUGGAAGAUAUGGAAAUGCGCUCAACACAUGAUCUAAUAGCGGCCGCCAAUGCCGAUGUUGAAACAGAUGAUUUUGAAAAACUUAAAGCCGAACGUGAAAAGGAACGAUUGGAAAGACAAAAGCAAAAAUUUGCUCGACAAAUAAGUACGGCACCGGGUGGUGAAAAAGUACCCACCACAAUAGUACCUAUGGUGGCAGCUGCAAUUAUAGCAAAUCCUGCAGUAAGCACUGCAGAUGCCCAAAAUGCUACACAGGCUGUAGGCACUACCGGCUCAACACUACCGACAACGAGUUCAAAUGCAGAUUUACUUUCAAUAACCGAGCCAGUAACACAUUCUACGCAGAAAUGGAAUGAAGGCGGUUUAAAUGAAUGAUUAACACAGUAAAAUUAGUAUAAAAAACAACAAAUAAUAGAACUAAUAGUAAAUACUGUAGGGUACUAAUCAUAAUGAUAAUGUACUGCCUUUCUGUAUUAUUAGACUUUAAAUCAAACACAGUACACAAUUAUUAUAACAUUUUGUACAUAAAAUAACAGAAAUUCGUAACGAAUGCUUUACACAUGUUUUUUUUAACCAAUAGAAUUGGAUUUUUUACUUGUAUUCGUCGCCUAGUUAAUAAAAGACAAUUAAUUAAUCUAUUUAAUUUUGGGUUUUAAGCUUUACAUUUUUGCAAGUAAUUUAACUUAAAAAAAUAAUUAGAACAAACAGAAUAAUAACUAUAAGUAUGUAGGUUACAUAUGUAAUGUAUAUUUAUUAAUAAUUUGGUGCUUUAUUAAAAGACAAACAAUAAAUAAAAACAAAUAAUAUUAUUAAAUAUGAAUAAUAAUUGUAAGAUGCUCACAAAAAAAAUAUUUAAUUGCUGCAUAACAAGUUUUGUUUCUC